AAAUUUAGCCGAUAUUCCGAACCUCUCGAUAUCGUGUUCACUUCAUUGCAUUCGCAGGUGACUUGACUGCAAAAAUGAGCUUUUUCCUUCUGAAGAACGUAAUUGCCAUUGCGCUGAUUGCCUUCGCCUUGAAAACGUCAGGCGUUUCGGGUGGAUCGUUUGGUGCCUGUAGCGGCCAGAGACUCGACAUACUGGCUAAAGGCCAGUACAUGCCAGCCUGCAAAUGCGUGUCUGAAGGCGGGACAUGUUGCGGUACCGACCCAUCAGUUCGUGAUCACGUCAACGACGACCCGAGAACAAUGGAUCCUAACGACAGAUGCUACACUUGUUACAACAGCGACGUUAGCGUCACGUGCAAGGGAAAGUUGAUUCGAUCGCAGCCGACCAGCGAAACUGAAAGGUUCGUUACAUCGGAAAAAUGCAAACAAGUCAGCGGAACGUGUUGCAUGAAAUCGCCCACGUACGCCUUCAAUCCCAAUUACAUAUCGGACAAUUGUAACGAUUGCUAUUCGGGCCAAGUGGCCCUGCCUUGCGGAGGCAAUCUUUUAGCUUCGUCGAAUUACACGGCAAAGACGUGCGCUACCUUCGGUGGUAGAUGCUGCGAUCAAUAUCCUACAGGCGGCGAUGCAUUCAACGCCAUAGCAUUCCCCGAUCCAGAGUUAUUGCGCUGCACGUACUGCUACAGUGGAGUAUGAAAAUGCGUUAAAUCCCGACACAGGAUCCAAAUUGGAACAGCCCAUAUUUCAAUUCAAAUUGACGAAUUUCAUUAAAUUACUAGGAAAUAUACGGAGCUUUGAAUUUGA